UGUCUGUCCGUCUCACUUGUGUCUGUCUCUUGAUACUUGUCUCAAGUUGUAUUUUCUGCGGAAUUUGUAGGAUUUGUUUUUCUAAAAUUAAUUCUGUUAUAACGUUAUUAUUGUUUUAAGUAAAAAGUUAAAUAAAAGACUUGAUACGAGUCUUAUGUGCUUGGACUAGGAAAUCCUGUUGCAGGUGCGAAGUGCUAUCAUAAUCAAAAGGAUUUCUGCCUUGUCUCCGCCUCCGCACGUAAGACCCCGUCUGCCUAUACCGUUUAACAUUAAGGUGGAUCACAGAUACGGACACACCCAACCUUCGACUCACUGAACGUAACGGUUCAGAAAAAACUAAGAAUAAUGACUGAAAAGAGGAAGCGUGGUCAAAAUUUUUCCCUGCAAGAAAAAUAUAAGUUAAUUAAGUUAUUGCUCCGUCACAAAGAAACAAUUUUGAAUAAAAAGACAGAUGGGGCUACAAAUGAGGCGAAGAAUUGUUCGUGGAUAGCCAUCACAAAUUCUUUUAAUUCUACAUCAAAAAUUCACAGAAACAAGGAAUCUUUGAUGAAGAUGUGGGAGAAGUUAAAAAGCGAGAGCAAGAAAUAUGUUUUAAUGCAAAAUAACGCUACACGGAAUGGGGAUGUGCUAUCAACCUUAAAAAUUGACCCUAUACUGGAAAAGGUCUGUGCUUUUCUUGGCCGAGGAUGUACAGAAAAAUUAGAGGUACCAGAUUCUGAUGCUGAGACCGAAUUGGAGACAGAAAAGGCACAAAUAGAAGAAAUUUCGGAUAGUGCCGAGUUGCAAAUAUAUGAACGAAUUAAUAUGGAAAACAACUUAGUUAAAGAAUCUAAGGCCGACGGUAUACAAGAACUUCGGGACUUCUGUACUAAUAAAACGUCACUGUGGUCACGAAAGCGGCCACAUAUUUCAAAUAACAAUGAGCGGACUGAGGCAACUUCGCUAGAUUCUCAUAAAAAUGCAUGCUUGCAAAAUGUUAAUAAAAAAAGGGAAACUGUUGAGGACCUCAAAGGGCAAAUAUUGAGGGAAGAACUGGAAUUCAAAAGAAAAUUGUAUGAUUUACAAUUGCAAGCAGCAGCCAAAGAAUUAGAGAUUAAGACUGCAAUUUUGGAUCAAAUAAAAGUUUACAGGUCCUAGGCACACCGCCUGAGUUUUCAAUAUUGUUGUUUCUGGUCUUCCUCGCGCCAUCGAUAUAAUGAACGCAUACUACGUACGUACUUUGAAGGGGCGAGUAUUUUUCUCCCGUUCUUCCUCGCGAACACCCAUUUUAAACAAAAUAACUGCGUAUUUGCUGUCGCUAAAAACUAUUUUCAUUUUGUGUGUGGCGUGACAAUUUUGGUAUCUUCUUUCAAAUCGGGAUUAAGUUUACUCACUUUUGGCAUUGCGUAUAGCAUCGAACAAUAUUAUGUUCUCAUUUGAAAAUGUCUUAUAUUUUAUUCCGAGUGUUUGAGUAUACCAUUAUUUCUCACGAAAAAAUUAAUUCUUAGAAUCUUAAAGAAGCUAUUUCCUUGUUGCUGCAGCAAAGUGCUAAACAUAUCCACGAAAUCUCGAUGAGACUCUAAAUACUCUAGAUACAAUGUACGACGUCUUUUUCGAAGAGCCGACCGAUCACACACAACUCACACAACUUUUCAGCCAUUGCAAAUAGUACUUGUAGUCAAAGAAAGUACAGAUAAUUUUAAGGCAUUUCCUUUGGUAUAGAGUCGUUAUUUUAGGUUCAAAUUCUUUACAAAUUGUACAUAUGUAACACGUAACAUGCAUCGAAAAUCGUCUUUUUAAAACUCCAUAUUGCCGUUCCACUACCUACAUUUCUUUUGUCAUUGUUUUGAUGUGAGCAUCAUUAUAGUUUUCCUGGCCCUUACUUACUGAAUGGAGAUAAGGAGUCGGAAGAUGGCCCUGAAAACAUAAACCACGACUUAU